CAGCCAAUGGCUCUAGGGCGAGGGCGUUGCCCUGAACUCCGGCUUCCUCCGUGACCCGGCUCCAGGACCAUGGCCGGGAGUGGGAGGUUGGCGCUGCGGACGCUGCCGGGGUCGGGCUGGGUGCGGGGCUCGGGCCCGGCGGUGCUGAGACGCCUGCAGGACUCGGCCGUGGUGCAGCCCGGCUUCUUGAGCAAGGACGAGGAGGAGACGCUGAGCCGCGAGCUGGAGCCUGAGCUGCGCCGCCGCCGCUACGAAUAUGAUCACUGGGACGCGGCCAUCCACGGCUUCCGGGAGACAGAGAAGUCGCGCUGGUCAGAGGCCAGCCAGGCCAUCCUGCAGCGUGUGCAGUCAGCUGCCUUUGACCCUGGCCAGACCCUGCUGUCCCGGGUGCAUGUGCUAGACCUGGAACCUCAGGGCUACAUCAAGCCCCAUGUCGACAGUGUCAAGUUCUGUGGAGCCACCAUCGCUGGCCUGUCCCUACUGUCUCCCAGUGUCAUGCGGCUUGUGCACACCCAGGAGCCAGGGCAGUGGCUGGAACUGUUGCUGGAGCCUGGUUCCCUCUAUAUCCUAAGGGGCUCAGCCCGUUAUGACUUCUCUCAUGAGAUUCUUCGGGAUGAAGAGUCAUUUUUUGGGGAUCGGCGUAUUCCACGGAGCCGACGCAUCUCUGUGAUCUGCCGCUCUCUCCCUGAGGGGCUGGGACCAGGGCAACCUGGACAGCCACCGCCAGCCUGCUGACCCUCAGGUCCAUUCCUGUUUUACCCAGACUCUAGAUUUGUGAAUAAAGUUGGAGAAGGGACAGC